AUGUCAGUCAGGUCACUUUUAGAAGGGGAACUUAACGAGAAAUUGAGCUGUCUUGGAGGAUUGGCUGCUGCUUUCAGAGACCAAGUUCACACUGAUAUUGAAAUCAAGCCAGGCCACAAUGGAUCUUCUCUAUUUGCACAUAGAGCACUAUUGGCAGCAAGGUCAGAGAUCUUCAAGAACAUGCUGGACUCAAAGGGAUGCAAAGCUGCACCAAGUAACACCAUAACACUCCCGGAAUUAAACCAUGAAAAGCUUGACUCUCUCUUCGAGUUCCUCUACAGUGGAGCCAUGCCUGCAGGGCAAGCUUAUGAAGCAAUUAUGGAGAUCGAGCAGCAGAUUCCAACUGGGGCCGAUGAAGUAGGAUUAGAUGAUAUUGUUGUCGCAUGUGGCAGUGGGGUUACACUUGGUGGUCUCGGUAUCAAUGAUUGGGAUAUUCCAAUUACUGCUGUCCAGUGA